UCUGAAAUUCAUCCAAUGCGGUCCACUUUCUACAGACAUGAGUCAGUCUAUAUUCAUUUUGUUGAUCCUCAUUCCUCUAACUUUCACUCAGUCCGUGAGAGGGAAGGACUGCGUGUGCGAUCUAAAAAAUUCAGAUCCUGCUUUCCCUGAGAAAAAACUCAAGAACGUAGAAACCUCUGCCUUACAAUGCACUAGGACCAUCACUUCAGAAAAGAUGACAGACUUAGACAGGCUUAUGCUGGGUCUACAACAACGCGUCAAGCAGGUGGAGGAAAACGUGAUCGUGCUAGAAAAGGAGGAUGACAGGAAUCUAUAUGGAGCCGUGUCUCUGCGCAUCAUCGAGUUAGAGAUCGCCGAGAUUCAGGACCUCCUCAACAAACUCAACAGGACCACCCAAAAUUACCAUCACCUCAGUGUACAGCCUGCAGCUCAGCUUGAAGUUAUGAAAGACAAAAUGGCGGAACUGGAGAAGUUUGACAACAUGCAGGUGAUAAAGACAAAUAGAGAGAACGAGCGCGUUAAGAGGGACCUGGAACAGUGUAAAGAAGAGCUCAAUGCUACUACAGCAGCACCUCCUACAGUUCUCCCAGCCCGCUGUGGUCUGGGCCGUGUGGUCAGUGUGGCGGGACCGAGAACGUAUUCCCUCACGGUAUUCACCUCCUAUACUUACGGUGCUUGGGGUCGAGAUGCACAGCCGGCUCCAGGAGACGAGAACAAGUACUGGCUGGUGGUGCUGUCCACUAGUAAUGUUUACGGCAACUUUAUCCGCCAGUACGGUACCUUGAGUACUCUUUUAUUAGGUAUAGGACCAAAAGAUACAUAUAUUUCAAGCACCAACCCCACAACAAACACAAUUCAGGGGCCAAACAUGGUCAUGUACGGCAAUGCGCUCUACUAUAACUGUUACAACACAUACUCCGUCUGUCAGUUCAACAUGACGACUCGUGCUGUCAGUACUGUUGCUUUACCUAAAGAUACAGGUUACAGCAACAAGUUUCCUUUCGCACAUCUCGCCGCCACAUACGCCUAUACAGAUAUGGAUUUCGCCACAGAUGAAUCGGGCGUCUAUGUUAUAUACGCAACCACAAGCAACUUUGGAAAUGUGAUAAUCAGUAAAGUUGAGACGAGUAACCCUCCUGUUUUAAACCAAACAUGGUCCACUUCUCUUCACAAAAGGACUGCCACAAACACCUUCAUGGUGUGCGGUGUGCUUUAUGCUACUCGUUACCUAGAUCAAGAAACAGAAGAGAUCUUUUACUCUUAUGACACCAAGACAAAAGAAGAGCGCUUUGAUUUGAAAAUUAAUAUUAAGAAGAUGCAGACUAAUAUUCAGUUUCUAAACUAUGACCCCAGAGAUCAUCUGCUGUAUGUCUACAGUGAUGCCUACAUUCUAACUUAUGAGCUCAUCUUUCAGUAAGUCUCCAGUUAUUUGAGACAUUAUAGCUGCAUCCCAUUUCACAUUCUGUCUGUACUAAUAGUUUGCAAGAUUAGAAAUAGUACAUUGCAAAUGAUCGUAGAUCAUAAAGAUAGCAGAGUAUUUUUUUAAGUGUGUAUUUGCAGGGUUAAGAUAAUGCAAGACAAUGAAUAUAUCAGUUGCUAAUUUUAGUUUUCACAUCUAAAAAGUUUCAAAGAGUCUGUGGUAUCAAUCAAAUUUGGUCCCACUUUAUAUUAGGUGUCUUUGUAUGUACAUUUAAAUUAAUAAUUUGAUACAAUACACUUAUUGUGCACAUAAAUGUUUUUACACUAAACUUAUUAACUAAUUAAUUUUUGUAAUUACAUCUAUGAUUACCCCGUUGACCCUUCCCAUACCCCUUAACCCUCCCUUAAACCUAACCAUCCCACCCUGACCUUACCCAUAUCUCACCUCAGUAGCAGCAAAAGUGUUUUGAUAUUCAAUAUGAACACAAGUGCAUUGUACUAUUUUUUAUGAAAGUAGGCCUACAAAGUAGUUAACAAUACCUAAUAUAAAGUGUGACUAGAAAUUUCAUUAAAUAUGUGCCUUAUCAUAUUAUAUUAAAAGGAAUUCCCUUCACCAAUGAAGUAUGUACAUUUAUUGUAUAGCUUAGAAGUAGGCUAAUGUUAAUUGAAAUGCAGCUUAUAAAAGUUUUCUUUCAAUGCAUCUUUAAAUGCCUAGCUUUGUUAUGCAUGUGAGGAAGAAAUUCACAAAUGUAUCGCAAAUUUUGUUUCUUGAAAUAAACUAGGCUACAGCAA